AUGAAACCCAACAGUUCUUCCUGGUUCAGCAAGCCAUUCUUAACAUCGCUUCUGCUCGGUAUAGGGGGGUUUCUCUACGGAUAUGAUUCCGGAAUCAUCACUCCCAGCCUGGCGCUCAAGUCCUUCUUGACGUACUUUGGCAACCCCGACGCUCCUCUACGAGGGGCCAUCGUCUCCGUCUACCAGGCCGGAGCAUGGCUCGGCAGCGCCUCGGUCGGCAUCACCAGCGACAGGCUCGGCCGUAGGAAGGCCAUUGCCUUUGGAUGCGUAUGGGGUGUGGUUGGCGGGGCCUUGAUGGCUGGCGCUGCCCAUGUCGCUAUGCUCAUCAUGGGACGGCUCCUAGUUGGGUUUGCCGUUGGAACAAUCACCGGCGUUGCUCCCGUAUUCGGGGCGGAAAUCGCAAAGACUCAUGAGCGAGCCCGGAUCACAGCCGUCAACCAGAUGAUGGUUGCUUGGGGCUUCUUCGUCGCCCUGUGGACCGGGGUGGGCGAGGGGAAGUGGCACAACCCGAACCAGUGGCGCCUUGGCUUCGCGAUCCAGAGCCUCCCCGCCUUGCUCCUCGGCGUCGGCGUCCUCCUCGUCGGCGAGUCGCCGCGGUGGCUCUGCCUCAAGGGCCGCCACGAGGAGGCCGAAAGGGCGUUCCGCCGCUACCACCACGACGGCUCUAACGACGACUGGUGCCGGGCCGAGUUCGUCGUCAUCCGGGCCAGCAUCGCCGAGGAGGAGCUGCAGGCCCAAGGACGGCGGCGGCGGCUCUCGUGGGCCGACCUGUUCGCGACGCCGGCCUUCCGCAGGCGGCUCUUCAUCGGCUCCUUCGUGUGGGCCGCCGCCAUGCUCUCGGGCAUCUCGUUCGUGCAGUACUACCAGACGGCCAUCUACGCCACGCUGCAGUUCGGCCAGGACCGGCAGCUCCUCGUCAGCGGCUUGUACGGCUCCGUCGGCCCCGUGGCCUGCUUCCUGUCCCUGUUCUUCGUCGACCGCGUCGGCCGCAGGACGAUCCUCGUCGCCAGCUCGUCGCUCCUGGCCGUCUGCUACCUGACCAUCACGGUCCUGGCCGCCGUGUACCCAGCGAAACCGGGGCUCCCCACGAACGAGGCGGCCCAGCGCGGUCUGAUCGCCUGCAUAUUCGCCGUCUCGGCCAUCUACUCCGCCCUCCUGGGCCCCAUGACCUGGAUUAUCCCACCAGAAGUCUUCACCACCGAACUGCGGGCCAAAGCAAACGCCAUCGUCCAGGUCAUCCAUUACUCCAUCAGCCUGGUCAUAACACAGUGCUCCCCCAUUGCGCUUGAUGCCGUCGGCUGGAAGUACUACAUCCUUUUCAUCCUGACCAACGCUCUCUGCGCCGUCGUAUUUGCGUUCUUCUACCCCGAGACUCGAGGUAAAUCGUUGGAAGAAAUCGACGAGCUGUUCGGGGACGUCAGGAUCGUCCACGACGUCGAUGUGGCUGAAAAGGCCGACUUUCAGGAAGUAGAAGUGCGACAGAGGUAA